GCGGUGCAACUGUGUCCGUGUCAAAACGUCAAGCAGUUCGGUAGUUUGUUCUUUUUCUUUGAUCAUUUCCAACAGUGAAAAAUAAAGAAAAACCGGCUUAUCAUCGUGCUCCGGUUUGAUAAGACACAUUUUACUAACGGCCGAUUCGCAUCUGCGGAGUUUGUACGGAUAGACGGACACGAUGGCUUCAACUGUUGGUCAGGUGAUCAAGUGCAAGGCGGCCGUUGCCUGGGAGCCGAAGCAACCGCUCGCGAUAGAAACGGUCGAGGUAGCUCCACCCAACGCUGGCGAAGUUCGCAUCAAAGUGACCGCAUCCGGCGUGUGCCACACGGAUGCGUACACGCUCGGUGGGCUGGAUUCGGAAGGCAUCUUCCCCGUCAUCCUUGGACACGAGGGUGCGGGCGUGGUGGAGAGUGUGGGCGAAGGUGUUACCAAGUUCCGGCCGGGUGACCAUGUCAUUCCGCUGUACAUUCCGCAAUGCUUCAAGUGCCGGUUCUGCAAGAGCCCGAAAACCAAUCUCUGCCCGAAGGUGCGUGCGACCCAGGGCAAGGGAGUGAUGCCGGACGGUACGACGCGGUUCACGUGCAACGGGCAGCCUAUCUACCACUUCAUGGGAACGUCCACGUUUGCCGAGUACACCGUGGUGGCGGAAGUGUCGUUGGCGAAGAUUGAUGCGAGCGCUGCGCUGGAGAAGGUGUGCCUGCUUGGGUGCGGCAUCCCGACCGGCUACGGGGCGGCCCUUAAUACCGCCAAGGUAGAGCCCGGCAGCUCCUGUGCUGUGUGGGGUCUGGGUGCGGUUGGGCUUGCGGUCGUUAUGGGCUGUAAGGCGGCGGGCGCAACCCGCAUCAUUGGCGUCGACAUUAAUCCGGACAAGUUUGCGAUCGCGAAACAGUUCGGCUGCACCGAGUUUGUCAAUCCGAACGACUUCCAGGAACCGAUUCAACAGGUGCUGAUUGCGCAAACCGAUGGCGGACUGGACUACACGUUCGAGUGUGUCGGCAACGUUAACACGAUGCGUGCUGCGCUGGAAUCUUGCACGCGGGGCUGGGGAGUGUCGGUGAUCGUUGGCGUAGCGGAGGCCGGCAAGGAAAUCGCCACCCGUCCGUUCCAGCUGGUAACGGGCCGCACCUGGAAGGGGACGGCCUUCGGUGGAUGGAAAAGCGUCGAGAGCGUUCCGAAGCUGGUUGAGCAGUAUCUGCGGAAGGAGCUGAAGGUGGACGAGUUCAUCACGCACACCAUGGGCCUGGACAAGAUCAACGACGCGUUUACGCUGAUGCACGAAGGCAAAAGCAUUCGUUCGGUGGUGCACAUGUAGACGGUUGUGUUUGAGAUAUGACCGCGUCCAGCUCAGGAAACAUUGCGCACGGCAAGCCUUCCCCUCCAACUAUGCUUCAGAGUCGAAUUUUGUAAAAAUAUUAUAACCAUUUUGGCAUGGGGGAAAUGAAGGCUGUUUUAUUAAAAAAAACUCUUUGACCAA